AGACGGUUAGUGUCGGGGAGCUGGUGACACCGGACUCGAGGCAAUUCUUCCCAGUCCGAGAAGGAAACAAGUGCCUGCCUCUCUCACCAGCUUUCAACCUGCCAUGAUCAAGAGCUUGUCAACUGAAGUGCAAGCCAAAUUGCGUUCUGGUCUGGCUAUAUGCUCCUUGGGCCAGUGUGUUGAGGAGCUUGCCCUCAACAGUAUUGAUGCUGAAGCAAAAUGUGUGGCUGUCAGGGUGAAUCUGGAAACAUUCCAAGUUCAAGUCAUAGACAAUGGAUCGGGAAUGGGGAGUGAUGAUGUAGACAAGGUGGGAAAUCGUUACUUCACUAGUAAAUGCAACUCGCUACAGGACUUGGAAAAUCCAAGGUUUUAUGGUUUCCGUGGGGAGGCCUUGGCAAGUAUAGCUGACAUGGCCAGUGCUGUGGAAAUUUCAUCCAAGAGAAACAGGACAAUGAAAACUUUUGUGAAACUCUUUCAGAAUGGAAAAGCCCUGAAAGCUUGUGAAGCUGAAUUGAACAGACCAAGCACCGGGACAACAGUAACAGUAUAUAAUCUAUUUUACCAGUUACCUGUAAGGAGGAAAUGCAUGGAUCCCAGACUGGAGUUUGAGAAAGUGAGGCAGAGGAUAGAAGCACUAGCACUCAUGCACCCUUCCGUUUCCUUCUCUUUGAGAAAUGAUGUUUCUGGUUCCAUGGUUCUUCAGCUCCCCAAAACCAAAGACAUAUGUUCCCGAUUUUGUCAAAUUUAUGGACUGGGUAAGUCCCAAAAGUUAAAAGAAAUAAAAUUUAAAUACAAGGAGUUUGAGCUUAGUGGCUAUAUCAGCUCUGAAGCACAUUAUAAUAAGAAUAUGCAGUUUUUGUUUGUGAACAAAAGGCUAGUUUUAAAGACAAAGUUGCAUAAACUCAUUGACUUUUUAUUAAGGAAAGAAAGUAUUAUAUGCAAGCCAAAGAAUGGCUCUGCCAGUAGGCAAAUGAAUUCAAGUCCUCGGCAUCGGUCUAACCCAGAACUCCAUGGAAUCUAUGUAAUCAACGUGCAGUGCCAGUUCUGUGAGUAUGAUGUGUGCAUAGAGCCAGCGAAAACUCUGAUUGAGUUUCAGAACUGGGAUACUCUCUCGGUUUGCAUCCAGGAAGGAGUAAAAAUGUUUUUAAAGAAAGAAAAAUUAUUUGUGGAAUUAUCAGGUGAAGACAUUAGAGAAUUUAGUGAAGAUAAUGAUUUUAGUGUAUUUAGUGCUACUCUUCACAAGCAGGUGUCCACUGAUGAAAAGUGUGACGAGGUCUGUUUCCAAGAAGCAUGUACUAAUAUUUUAGAUUCCUAUGAAAUGUUUAAUUUGCAAUCCAAAGCUGUGAAAAGAAAAGCUACUAGAGAAAACAUAAACACAGAAAAUUUUAGGGAUCCAGAGGUUAUCAGAAAAAAGACAAAUGACUCAUUUUUGUAUACUCAAGAAUCAGAUAGCCCAAGCCAUAGUAAAAUGACAGAGUCACCCUUGCAAAACAAAGAGCGCUCUUGCUUAGAAUUAAGGCUCAUAGAACAAGAAACAGCUGAAGUAUCAGAAUCAGGAGAAAGUAAGAAGCAUAAAAAAUCUUGCUUAGAACUUAACUCUUCAGAAAAUCCACCUGCAACAAGUUCAGAAAUGUUUGCAAGCCCUUCUCAAACAUCACAUCACUUGGAGGAGAGUGGAGAAGACCUAGAAAUACGGAAAGUUAGUACUGCUCUUAAAGACAUGGCUUCCAACAUCCUGAUGAACAAUCAAAUUCAAAAUCAAGUAGAGAGAUUUAAAGAGGCUACUGAAGUGGAAUGCCAACCUCUGCCUUUUGAGACAACAUUAUUAAGAGCACGUGGUGCUCAUAGAGAAGAAGAAAACAGAAAGGAAGAACCUAGUAAUUGUGGAAGAAUAAAUGUUUUUAGUUAUGGACAAGUUAAAUUAUCUUCCACUGGCUUCAUAACUCAUGUGGUACAAAGUCAGCAGGCUAAAUCGACAGAAACAGAGCUUUUAUUUAAAAAUUGUGUUCAGUCUGGUCCUGUGAGUGCCAAAGAAGCAUUUGGAAAUAGAACAUGCCUUUCAGUUGAGGCUCCAAAUAUCUAAGAUUUAACCCACACCCACACGUUAAGUAAAGAAUUCCCUCAGCUGCCCAACAAAAAAUUGAGCAGAGCAAGUAGAAGUUAUGGGAUAGAGAGCAAGCCUGUAGCAGCUUACAAAAAUUCUGCUGUUUUCCAGGAACACAGUGAAAAACCACACACAGGGUGCUUAUUACCUAACACAACCUCUUUCCCUUGGUGUAGACAUGUUUCAAGUGGUAGUAAGAAAACAAAGAAAUUAAUCAGUUCCUCUAAACCCAUAGCACAUAAGAAGCUAUGCUUAAGUUUGCAAUUAGGAUCUUUAGAGAAGUUUAAGAGGCAAUAUGGGAGGGUGAAAAAUCCUCUGAAUACAGAAGAAGAAGAAAAUAAUAAUUGUGAAAUCAUUACCAAUCUCAGCCCUCAGGUUGAACCUGACAUUCCACAGAAAGACAAAAACCACAUUGAUAACUCUGACAUUUGUGACAUCACCACUCUGAAACAUAAUGAUUCAAAUAGUAGCUGUCAGCUAGUAAGUCGCAUCCUUUAUUCUGAGAAGUUUCCAUUCUCCCAGGAAGAAGAUUGUUUGGAACAGAUGCCUUGCUUAAGAGACAGUCCUAUAACUCUACAGGAGUUACCUCAUAUAAAUGAAAAACCUUUGAGCAUUGAGAAGUCACCUGCAUCGUUAGCUUCUAAAUUAUCCAGAAUGAAAGAUUCUGAAAGAGAGAUGUGCACAGUGGAGAUGAUGAAUCAUUUUAACAAACUUCCACAACCAGAUUCCAGUAAGAAAGAUGGUAAUUUGUACAGUGGGUUAACCCAAGACUCUUACAAGUUACUGAAAAAUGAACCUACAAAAAUAGAGGGUGGCAUCCUCCCAACAUCAGACUGGGUGGCACAGGAUCACUCCUCCAAUAAAGAUGUUGAAACAUAUUCUAACAAUGUUACAAUAGAGAACUCUGUGAUGCCAGAAACUCCUUUGAUACCCCCUUAUGAUAAUUCUCCAGUUACCAAUCAAGAUUCAAAUGUUCUUAUAGCCUCACAACAACAGAUAGGAAGUCCUGACCCCUCUAAUAGAAUGCUACUGAGUCACAUGGAGGACUCCACAGUGGCGCCCAACGGAACUUGUUUUCAGAGUCAGGAAUCGGCAGCAAGAACUUGUUCUGAAAAUGAAGAGCCAAACACACGUUCUUUGGAUUGGCAGCAGCAUUUUGAUGUAGCCCUGGGAAGGAUGGUCUAUAUUAACAAGAUCACCGGUCUUAGCUCGUUCACUGCACCUACAGAAGAUGCUCAGGCUGCUUGUACUAAAGACCUGACAACUGUGGCCGUGGAUGUCGUGCUUGAGAACGGAUCUCAGUACAGGUGUCAUCCUUUUAGAAGCAGCCUUGUUCUUCCUUUCCUUCCUAGAGCUCGGGAAGACAGGAUUAUGAUGAUACGGAAUAACAGAGAUACUAUGGGUGAUGCUCUUGGUAGAGAAUCGCUUGAGUCUUUGUUCUCAGAAUGGAACAAUCCAGUAUUUGCCCGUUUUCCAGAGGUUGCUGUUGAUGUGAGCAGUGGCCAGGCUGAGAGCUUGGCAGUUAAGAUCCACAACAUCUUGUUUCCCUAUCGUUUUACCAAAGAAAUGAUUCAUUCAAUGCAGGUUCUCCAGCAAGUGGAUAACAAGUUUAUUGCCUGUGUAAUGAGCACUAAGACUGAAGAGAAUGGAGAGGCAGGUGGGAACUUGCUAGUCUUGGUGGACCAGCAUGCUGCCCAUGAACGUGUCCGUUUGGAGCAGCUUAUUAUUGAUUCCUAUGAGAAGCAGCAGUCACAAGGCUCUGGUCGGAAGAAAUUACUGUCUUCCACUAUAAGUCCUCCUCUGGAGAUAACAGUCACAGAAGAACAAAGAAGACUCUUACGGUGUUACCACAAAAAUCUGGAAGAUCUGGGCCUUGAAAUUAUAUUUCCAGAUACCAGUAAUUCUCUGGUCCUUGUAGGAAAAGUACCACUCUGUUUUGUGGAAAGAGAAGCCAGUGAACUUCGAAGAGGAAGAUCUACUGUGACCAAGAGUAUCGUGGAGGAAUUUAUUCGUGAACAAGUGGAGCUACUCCAGACCACGGGAGGCAUCCAAGGGACUUUGCCACUGACUGUCCAGAGGGUGUUGGCAUCCCAAGCCUGCCAUGGGGCCAUUAAGUUUAAUGAUGGCCUGAGCCUAGAGGAGAGUUGUCGCCUUAUGGAAGCCCUGUCCCGCUGCCAGCUGCCGUUCCAGUGUGCUCACGGGAGGCCAUCCAUGCUGCCGUUAGCAGACAUAGACCACUUGGGGCAGGAAAAACAGAUUAAACCCAAUCUCGCUAAACUUCGUAAAAUGGCCCAAGCCUGGCAUCUCUUUGGACAAGCAGAAGGAUGCGAUACAAAGCAAAGCUUGCAGGCAUCUGUGCCUCCUGGUGAGCCACCAUGAGAACUGAAUUACUGAUCUCUAAGGAACCCAAGGAAUGUUAACUGUGUGCUCUGAGCAGAGGGUGAGCUGCGGACACCAGCCCAGCCCAGCCCAUCAGCCUGGUGCAUUCCAGCAACCUCAGUCUUCCUGGGGCGGAUGAUCCCUUUAAUUAAAUAGUCCAAUGGAAUUCAAGCCUAAAGACAGUUUAUUCAUUUGCAUCCAUGAACUCAGGAGGUUGCCCUUAUUUUUUUGUAACUUAUUUAGGGAUAAAAUUUAAUGAUUAAUUGCCUGAUUUUCUGGUUGGUUUGCUUGAUUGUGGGGGUGGGAUGUGUUUCAGUUUUGUCUUGCAUUAUUUCCCAAUUUCAUAAUUUGCAUGUAUGUAAUUCACCUGAUGCUGAAGUCCCAGGGAUCACGUCUGCCUUCCUAUAGGGCCCACAGUUGCCCCAACUCCCCCUCCCCAACCUCUACCCCAGCCCUCUUCAUCCCCCUCUGCUAGAUCUGACUUCAAGAGCUGCUCCAUGCUCAAAGAAAACAUCCCCUGCAGUCUUCCAUCAGGCCUUUAGUUACAUUAUUUAAGCAUUAAAAACUGUUGAUUUAAAAAAAUAAGGACAAGAAUAGAGAAAAUUUAAUUAAAGUCCUGGUCCUGGUUGGUUUAUUGCCUCUAAAAACUUUCAGCGAAUGAUGCUGUUCACAUCCUAAAAUAGUGGAAAGGGGGCAGUACUACAUGCUUGUGUUUUAAAAAAUAUAUUUUGUACUUUAUAAAGUAUCUCUUUAUGU